ACAUUGAAACAGUUUUUGGUCUCUGCAAUAAUUCCUCCUCUCCAUACGGGCCAACAAGACGUGUCUCCCUAAUGCUAUUCCCAUGUGUGAUAACUGAUUGGGGGCAAAAUCCAUAGUGCAUGUUCUGUCCAAAAAUACAUUAUAAAGUCAGGCAGAAGCUAGUAUGAAGCUUUAGCAGUUUGUUUUUGAAAAAUCAAAUAUCCUACUAAGUUAUAGUCUUUAGUAUAAAAUCUCCCUCCCAUUUAGGCUUCGGAUGAACUCUAUAAUGCAUGAUUGUGCAAACCGAGUACUGUGGAUCUUGAUUCCCAUCACUUCACUAGAAGGUGUGGCCAAGUACAGGCAGGAGGAACAGCUACAACCAAUGAACACGUAGCCAUGUUGUUUAUAGAUAGACUUGAGAGACUGCGACUCUAUCCUAAAGGCAGAAGGUCCUGUCUACCCGCUGUGGAUCUCUCGAAGGCUUUUCAUGGACCUCUAGUCUCUAGUGGACAUUUUGCCGCACAGUUUAUCUACCAACCGAUUUUUGUUUUGUUGGAAGUUUUCCUACAAAGUACUACUUAUGUCACUAUGAAUUGAAAUUGUUUUCCUGUCGUUGACCACGUGACCCUCAGAGUUCACCAACAAAUUCAAGUUUAUUCCAUAGUCAACUGUAUACACACACACAGCAUGUGACUUUUAUUUGGUUUCCAUCAAUAAACCAAUAAAAAAGAAAGGUUUAAUCAUGUUAGUGUACCAUGAAAGCACUGUAGAUGCAAGUUUUACUGUCGUACUUUGCUUUUGUAGGUCAUUGAACAGUUUCCAGCCAGUUUCUAGUUUUACAGGUUUUACAUAACCUCUAAAACUUUAGUUAGUUUAGUGUCCUGCCCUCAUUACAUUUCCUCUUACUUUUACUUUCUUUCUCCUCGGCAGCGGCUGGAGAAAACUGGACCGACCUGAACUAAAGAAACCAAUAACAGGCCCUCUUCUCAGACACAGUUUACCAGAAAGCGCUGUGAAAGCUGACAUUAUACAGGCAUAAUGUCGGUUGACAGUUUGAGUGAGAGCAGCCCUAACAUGCCUGAUGCAGAGCAGAAGGAGGAACAGCCCCUGAGAAUCAUGCUUCUUGGGAAGAGCGGGGUCGGCAAGAGCUCAAGUGGCAACACCAUCCUCGGGCGAGAGGCGUUUGUAUCGGACAUGAAGCUGAAGAGGGUCACUAAGUACUGUGAGAAGGAGAGCGGGACGGUCAAGGACGUGUCUGUCGCUGCGACCAGGGGAGCUCGAGAUGUGCCCGUCUCUGUGAUUGACACACCGGGCCUUUUUGAGACGUACCGCAACAAGGAGGUGGUAAUGCGAGAUAUUCUGAAGUGCGUCAAACUCCAGGAACCAGGACCUCACGUCUUUGUGCUAGCACUCCCUGUAGGAAGGAUGACGCAGGAAGAUCAGGAUACCAACAAACUGAUCGAAGCAAUGUUUGGCCCCAGAGUGUGGGACUACACCAUCGUGCUGUUCACGCAUGGGGAUCGCUUGGGUGGGAAAACGAUAAACGACGUCAUCAAAGAGAGCGAUGACGACCUCCGCAACUUCAUACGCAAGUGCAGCGGCGGCUUCCACGUCUUCGACAACAAGACCCCAGAGGACCAGAACCAGGUGACGAGCUUCGUGGCAAAGAUCCAGACCCUGGUGUCCCUGAAUGGAGGGGGCCAUUACCAAUCGGCCCUGUAUCCCAAACCGGAGAGGAGGAUUAGGGAAAAACAGGAGAGCCUCCUGGUGGAGGGAAGCACUGAGAUCGGUCGUAAGGAGGGACGGCUGCUGGAGCAUUUCAAGGGGGAAGAGCUGGAGAUGAAGAAGAAGGAGCUGUGGAGGAAAGAGGAGGAAAAAUCAAGAGUGGACGCAGAGAAUUACAUCCGCAUGUCCUCCUACAUUCUGAUAGUCAUCCUCUUCCUGGGAGGAAUAGAACUGGUCGCUUUGGCUCUUCAGUUGCCAAGUGUGACCCUUCUGGUGGGAAUUGUGAUUGUCAUUUUGAUUUUCUUCAAGAAAUCUAUUUGUCGCCUGUCUAUUUCAGGGAAAAUACCAUGGCUUUCUAAGAAAAUUCAAUAGGCGUAGGAAUGAAUUUGAUUACAAAUUCUAGAAACAGAAAAAAACAUGUUUUUGAUUUGAUGGAUUUCUCCCUCUCCUGUGAUUCAGACUCAAUCUACUGUCAUGUAACACAACUGUACAACUUGCUAGUAAAAAUGUUAUCAUCAAUAAGUCUAAGUUAAAAAUGCAAUGAUUUCUUUCAGCAAUUAUUCGGUUUGUUUUGUCAAAGUGACUGUAAAUGUGACGUGGUGCCCUCUGGUGGCAGCUUCAUCAGAAUGUCUUGCUGGCUGAGCUCCACAGUCAGCUGAACCUCAUCGUGGUGAUUCAGUAUUGUAGUGGGAGUGUGCUCCACUUUGUUUGGUUUCUUUUUUUCCUCUGUUGAGGGACAGCACAGAGGUAAGCCGCUGCCUUGUGAUCAACUGUCAAUAGUUCUGGUGAUAAGAUUGAAGUCUUCCAGUCAUCAACGUGUAUGUAUAAUAGCUACUGUAUGACAAUUUAGCUCAGCUCGGGGGUGUGAACGUCAUAAUACUGCCCACGUGAAAUGAGACCGGGAAUAGGUCGAAUUAAUUUGUGGAGGGAUGCUGCUUCUUCAAUA